GGCGGCGCCCGGCGCCCUCAACCAAGAUGGCGGCGCUGGAAUUCAGGCUGCCCAGCGCGCGGCGGCGCCUAGCGCCCAACCUGCCCCGGAGCGGCGGGGAUCGCGACCUGGUGGCGCCCGGGGACACCAUCACGACGGACCCGGGAUACAUGCGGGGUCACGGUACCUACCUUGGGGACGAGAAGCUGAUUGCCUCGGUGGCUGGAGUUGUCGAGAGAGUGAACAAACUGGUGUGUGUCAAAGCAUUAAAAACGAGGUACAAUGGUGAAGUCGGAGAUAUUGUGGUUGGGCGAAUUACAGAGGUUCAGCAGAAACGGUGGAAAGUGGAGACCAAUUCUAGGCUGGAAUCCGUGCUGCUGCUUUCAUCCAUGAAUCUUCCGGGGGGAGAACUGAGACGGAGAUCCGCAGAAGAUGAGCUGGCCAUGAGAGAUUUUCUCCAGGAAGGAGACCUCGUCAGCGCUGAAGUUCAGGCUGUGUUUUCAGAUGGGGCAGUAUCGCUGCACACUCGGAGCCUCAAAUACGGAAAGCUCGGCCAAGGAGUGCUGGUCCAGGUUUCUCCAUCGCUGGUGAAGCGCCAGAAAACUCACUUCCACGACUUACCUUGUGGGGCCUCCGUCAUCCUUGGCAACAAUGGGUUCAUCUGGAUCUACCCAACCCCUAAGCAGAAAGAGGACGAGGCUGGGGGAUUUGUGGCUAACCUGGAGCCAGUGCCUCUGUCUGACCGUGAAGUCAUCUCCCGCCUCCGAAACUGUAUCGUCGCUCUGGUGUCCCAGAAGUUGACUUUGUAUGAUACCAGCAUCCUUUACUGCUAUGAAGCUUCCCUUACUCACCAGAUCAAAGAUCUUCUCAAGCCAGAGGUGACGGAGGAGAUUGUGUUGGAGACACGGCAGAGACUCCUGGAAUUAGAGGGAUGAUGGCAGAGGAUGAGGGCUGAGGAAUGGCAGGGAUUCAUCCAUCCAUCCAUCUCUCUGAUUUGGUUGUCUCUUUUUGGGGGGUAUGAAACGUCUUUAAAAGUUCUGAAGAGCAGCAGCAGCAGAAGGAACCUUGGAAACCAUGAGCAGCUGUUGUCCAUUUGUCUGUCCAUCCUCUUUCCUGCCUAGAACAUCAUCAAGGACUCUAAUGUCUUCUGCUCCAGUAUAUCUUCACCUCAAAAUAUUACUGGAAAAGAUUCUAGGCUCCAAAGGGAAGGAUGAGUUCAGUGGUAAGCAAGUACCCGCUGUAAUUCUCAUCCUUCACUUUUUCCCAGUGGUAUUGCGUUCCGACUUUCUGGAGCCGUGCUGAAACGUUUGCCCCCAGCCUGAUAGGUACUGGAUUUUGGAAUUCAGUGUUUUGAAAAUCCGUUCUUGCGCAAGACAGAGAAUUCUUAAAGAGUGAAACUACUCAUUAGCCGAAAAAGGACCUUCUGUUGGAAAGAAUAACUGCCUCAUCCCCCAGUUCCUGUGUAAUUUACGCCUCCCUGUCUUAAGCAGUGUAUCUUCUAAACUUCUAUUUUACAUCAUUGGUUCUGGCAGCAUCGUGAUGUUGAGAUAGUCCUCUGCUUUUUGGACGGAUGGGAACUGCUGUGUUGGCCACUUGGCCUGGGCUUCAACUUCUGGUCCUAUUUCAGGGAAAAGGAGUUGUGUUUAAUUCCCAGGGCAAGUUCCACUGUUCACUUCUUUGGAUAAUGGUCAAGAUGCUUUCUCCUGUCAUCAAAGGAGAAAGGUGGCAUCUGGUCCCGCUUGGUCAUGGAAUUCAGUAGGAGCUGUUGAGGUUCUCCAGGUUUGGGAGAUGCUGAGAUGCUUGUUUGUAGGGAUGUGUGAAAAGAGUUCAAUAAACUUUUUGGAAAAAAAAAACCAAACCAAAA